AUGAAGCUAGCAAGCUUCAUGUUGAUAAAAUUUAAAAUAACAAAAGAGAUUUCGCAUUGGGGUGCAAUUCGAACGACUAAAUUUGGUUUUCCCGAAAGACCAUUGAAAGAGUUCUUUUUUGCCUUUUCUAAAACGAAUAAGCAUUUGGAGUUUUUCCAUCAACUGCAAGACAAGUUCUUUGCCCAUUUCCACCCAUAA